AUGCCUUCUGCCUACAACCAGAACAGCGCGGCCAAGCAAUGGCAGCAGAAGCUCGAUGAUGCUUGUCGUGAAUACCAAAUCAACCCUCCCGUUUUCCAGAUCGUAUCUGAUCGACGAGGAGGACGCACGGCUUGGUCGAGCCGAGUGAUGGUCCACGGCCAGAGCUUUGCUGCACGCUUCUGGUACGACGGCAAGAACCUGAACAACGCAAAGGAGGAUGCGGCGGAGCUGGCCCUCAACUGGCUGACCGGUGGCUCCAACCCGAGCUCGCCUUCCACAAGCCGAAGCGGAUGGUAG